UUGGCAGUCAAGCCACAAGAUUUGCAAUACUAGUCCGAUUAUCACCGACAACAAACGAAUUUUAAUAUGGAUUUUAGUCGAGCGACCUUUUUUGCAAGCGUUUUGCUAGCUGCAUUAGUGCUGGUCUCAAAUAUUGAGGCAAGGCAAGCCAAUUUCAGUACUUACAGAUCAGCAGUGAAUAGUACUGCAUCGCCUAAUACCACUUUCAGCCUGUUAUUUAAUGCUACCGCAAUCAACUCCCGCACGUCUUCAGCUCAACUUGGAAACGCUUCAGAAACCACCCUAUCAGCUCUAAAUAUAACAAGUGGAAAAGAUACAACAAUUAACAACAACACGGGCCCCGUCACUUUUCCCCCCUUUGUAGCAGAGUGAGGAAUCAAAUGAUUUAUUUUUUUAUAGAUUUUAAAGGAAUUUUUACAGCCACCUGAGGCAAGAACUAAUUAACUGAAAUGUAUUAAUAAAGGCACAUUUUUAACCAA